AUGGACGUUUCGGACAAUGUCUCACCUCAAUUUGACGAACUCGAGUUCACUGCACCCAAAGACUCCACGAUGAAGAACAAUAUAGGCAGCUCACGGAGACGCGAAAAUGGAGACAUCGCGAAUAUGAAAGAGCUGGUAGAUCUGGCUCUGCAUUUUCUCUCGACAUGCAGCAACGAAAUGCUACUUCUUGUUCUCGCCGUACUCAUGGGAGCCACAUACAUCCUCCUAGGGAGACUCGGGCUAAUAAUCAUUGGCAUAGCUCUCGGGGUUGUCUUACAUGCCUCGUGGGGUAGUUUGAGCGAUCACCCGUUGGAUCCACAGAGAUCCAGCAGGAGGCAGCUUUCGCUGCAAGUAACUCACAGGCUACUUGACUGGCAAAACAAGAAAUGUGCUGAACACGAACAAAACGCUCGCGAGGACGGAGAGCAUAUAACAGGGGAGAUAUCGGAUCUGGGAUUUGACCCUUCUUGUUAUGGGCCUGCGACAGCUAGCGCCUUACAGUCAUUGGUUGAUGCAGCGAUUAGAGAUUAUGUGAAUCACUGGUAUGAUCCGAUUCUACCUUCGGAAUCGACGUUUCCUAUCUCGUGUCGCAGAACGAUGACUGGUUUCAUCAACUCGCUCUCGUUCCAUCUUUGCCGUAAACGAACGGCCGACACCUUCCUAGAGUUUCUCACCAAUUCAUCUUCGAUGGUCAUCGUGUUCUUGAAUGAGCUAUCUACAGCAUUCGAGGCAUCUGAACCUACUGCCACAGCCAAAGAUGCUAUCCUGCGCUAUCUGGAAUCCAACCCUGAGAGCAGCCUCGCCAAUCUGCUGGAGAGACAACAACAGCAACGAAAACUCAAAAUGAUAUCAGACGAUAUCUUGUCCCGGUUCUUGGAGCCCAGUGCGUACAAAUGCAUGCCGCUUCGGACAUUUUUCCGUGAGAUUCUGGCCGGAGUUGCCUUAGAGUCGACGAUUGUUAGUAUGUCGCGACCUGAAUUUAUCAAUGGCUGGAUUGCGUACCUACUCAGCGAGGGCGAAUCUGAAAUUAUGAAUGCAAUCGAUGCCGGCGUGGAAGGGGCGCGAUCACAGGGCAUAGCAGGCGCUCGAGUUUCGGGCGAUGAUACGAGCCCAGCAUCAGUAUCUGUGAAAGGCCAUGCUGCAGCGCCCGAGUCAUUCAAAAAGAUUUCUGAUCAAUUGCGCAACAAACCAGACCAGGCGACGGAGGAGGCCAUGGUGGAAGCUAAACGUCUGAGCGAACUGAUCGCGGCCCAAGCUCUCAAGAAGGGCCCUGGCCAGGCUUUUCAAAGCCAGGCCGGCGAGCAGACCUACCCAACAGCUAGUGAAGGUAGCCGGAUAGAGGAGAAAAAUAUCGUUAAUGAAGGGGCCGAGGAUACACAUCAAGUUGGGCCAAGCACAUCCAGUGGCUCGGCCUCUUCACCGUCACUACAGUCUCCAAACCAGGAAAGUCUCGGCGCACCACCGGCGUUUAGUCUACAUCGUGCUUCUAUAACGGUAGAUGAUUGCAUGGACUCUGGGGAGAAGACUUCAUUGCGGGUGAAACCGCCAUCAAACUACAUGAUCCAAGUUGAAACCCACUCCGGACGUUCUACUGGUUGGAUGGUAUUCAGAAAAUACGCGGAUUUCGAGUCCAUUCACGAGACAUUGGGAACAAUUUCUAGGUUAAACCAAUUGCGGUUUGGAGACUCGCAUCCUGUCGUGCCGCCUUGGAAAGGCCGAACAAGGCAGGCCCUAGCGAGUGAUCUAGAGCAAUAUCUCCAAGACGCUCUCAAACUGGAGCCGCUUGCUGAGAGUGUGACCAUGAAGCGCUUUCUUGACAAGGACGGGGGAUUGGGUGCUGAGCCCGCGGAUUUAUCGACAAGGCCUGGCUUUGUGCUUCCUGUUCAAGCUGCGUUUGAGAACGUCGGAAAGGGUGUAUUGGGCGGGGGGAAAGCUGUUUUUGAAGGUGUCUCUGGCGGAGGCAAGGCUGUCUUUGAAGGUGUUACUGGUGUAUUCGGUGGUGCGCCCAAAAAAACAGCAGCAAUGGCCGGCUUACACAACAGAAACAAGAUAGCCGGUGGGGAUCUGAAGAGUGACCGGCCUCCGAGCGUAGGCUGCUUGAUGGAAAGUGAAGAUUUGAGACUAAGCGGCGAUACAAUGGAUGGUGCAUUAUCAUCUCGAACGCCGGGAUCGACUCAUACUCCAGGCUCCCCUUCGCCGAGUGAGGCAGCUACCCAAUCUUCUGAUACACCCAUGCGAACCCCCGAGUCAGAGCAAAAUGCCGAUAGUGGAUCCACAAGGGGCCGAACCUCCUCCGAUUCUCUUUCAAUAACCAGGAAUAGCAUAGCUGCCGGCUCAACUGACUCCCUGAAAGAGAGGCAUUGCGAAAAUGCCACCGUUGCAGAGAGCAAUGGGUCUACGGGAGCUUCAGCUGAGCGGAAAGUGCAAAGCAAUCCUAUCACGACAGAAGAGACUCGCAUGGCAGUUGAGCUCAUCUUUGCCGUUAUCAACGAACUUUAUUCCCUGUCCUCCGCCUGGAACAUCCGUCUGACUCUGCUCAACGCGGCAAAAUCCUACAUACUUCGUCCUGGAAACCCAAGUCUAGAGACCAUCCGCAAUUUACUACAAGAAUCUAUGAUUGACAGUCAUAGCUCAGACGAGGCAAUCGGUGAAUAUUUGGCUAAACUUCGCAAGAACGCCUUGCCGACUGCAGAGGAACUGAGUGCCUGGCCGCUCCCCAGCUCUGAAUCCGAACAGGAACGUCAGAGAGAUGCUGCUCGCCGAGUUCUUGUCCAGAAAGGGCUUCCGCAGGCGAUCACAAGUAUCAUGGGAGCGGUUGCUAGCAGAGAGGCUCUUGGCAAGGUCUUUGAUAGCCUUCAAAUCGAGGUUGUCGCUCGUGGGUUUGUCUUCUCUAUCUUCAUGCAGGCGUUGCGGGCUGUGGCGCUCUAG